AAUAAAAAAUAAAAAAUAAAACCGUUUUUCUUUGCCAAAACGUUUCUGAAAGAACUCUCAACGACUCAAAAUCGCACAGAGGAGCCGAGCUUUUAUCGAAAAGCACAAACCUUUCUUAUCUGACGUUUUGUCCAUUCAGUUCGUGUCGGCGAUGCAACACUCUCACUCGGAAGAAGCAGACUCGUGCGUGGCCACUGAAACAUACGCGUGCUGGUCGAUCCGAGACGCUCACUUUCUUAACACCAUGACACAUCCCUAGCAUCGUAACUCUUGGUUUCGUCUCUUCUCCACCCACUUUUCAUGGUUAGCUUCUUCUUCUUCUUCUUCAUUGCUUGUUAUAUUCGCUUUUACCUUUCUGAUGUACCGAGUUAUUGUUGAAAUCGAUUGCGGAUCGUUAAGCACAAUGAGAGAAACAUAGAACCUCACCUGCAAGAGAAAGUAGUGCGAAAAUGUUGGACAACUAUAUUGGCGAGUAUGUUGGUAUGGGGGAAGGAUCUUCUCACAACUUACACAAGUACAAUAAGGUUUCAAUUGUACCUCUUGUAUUCUUGAUCUUCUAUGAGGUCUCUGGGGGGCCAUUUGGUGUCGAAGACAGUGUGCAGGCAGCCGGUCCCCUGUUAGCCCUUCUCGGUUUUCUGGUUUUUGCAAUCAUAUGGAGUGUUCCGGAGGCCUUGAUAACUGCAGAAAUGGGCACUAUGUUCCCUGAAAAUGGGGGAUAUGUUGUUUGGGUUUCAUCGGCUUUGGGUCCAUUUUGGGGAUUUCAGCAAGGUUGGGUGAAAUGGCUUAGUGGGGUGAUUGAUAAUGCUCUGUACCCUGUUCUAUUUCUGGACUAUCUGAAGUCAGCAAUUCCAGCUUUAGAAAGUGGUUUGCCAAGGACAAUUGCAGUGUUGGUUUUGACUGCAAUUCUCACUUAUCUGAACUAUAGGGGUUUAACCAUAGUGGGCUGGGUAGCUAUUUUACUAGGGGUGUUUUCACUUCUUCCUUUUAUAGUCAUGGGGCUGAUAGCAAUUCCUAAGAUAGAGCCUUCGAGGUGGCUUAUCGUAGAUGUGGGCACUGUUAAUUGGAGUUUGUACUUGAAUACGCUUUUCUGGAAUCUUAAUUACUGGGAUUCAAUCAGUACUCUUUCAGGGGAAGUGGAAAACCCUAGUAAAACUCUUCCAAAAGCUCUGUUUUAUGCUCUAAUCAUGGUUGUUGUUGGAUACAUUUUCCCUCUUCUGACUGGUACUGGAGCUAUUCCAGUUGAUCGUGAAGUAUGGUCCGAUGGCUAUUUUGCUGAUAUUGCUAAAAUGCUGGGAGGCACAUGGUUAAGAACCUGGGUUCUAGCGGCAGCUGCUUUGUCAAACAUGGGAAUGUUUGUGGCUGAAAUGAGCAGCGACUCAUUUCAACUUCUGGGUAUGGCAGAAAUUGGGAUGCUUCCUGCAUUCUUUGCCAAACGAUCUCGUUAUGGUACCCCUCUUACGGGAAUCUUGUUCUCUGCUUCCGGUGUAAUUCUGCUAUCGUGGUUGAGUUUCCAAGAGAUUGUAGCGGCAGAGAACUACUUGUACUGUUUUGGGAUGAUUAUGGAAUUCAUAGCAUUCGUGAAGUUAAGAAUUCAGCACCCAAAUCUACCGCGGCCUUACAAGAUACCUUUUGGGACUAUUGGAGCUAUUUUGAUGUGUAUUCCUCCAACAGUGUUGAUUUUUGUAGUUAUAGCUCUUGCUUCUCUCAAGAUCAUGGCUAUAAGCAUUGCUGCUGUGAUAGUCGGGUUUGUUUUGCACCCUUGUGUUGAGCACAUUAAAAAGAAGAGAUGGUAUGAUUUCUCCAGGAAUUCUGACCUUCCAGAUUUCCAAUAUGCAUCAGUGUAAUGAACCAUGAUCUCAGUAAUGCUAGUUGUCAAUCGGUGUUUAAAUUGUUGGUUUGUUUCUGAAUGUUAAAAGUUACUGGUUGUCUUCUGA